AUGCUACUGGUAGUCGGGAGGUUCUUGUGGGUCCUGUUCUCGAUAAUCUGCUUUUCUGGUACAGCUCUUGGUCAAGAGAACCUGACUGAGGUACUCUUAUCGUAUCCGGCAUGCUCUGCAAAAUGUUCAGCAACAUAUCUUCCAAUAGCGAACUGUGCAUUCACGGAUCUGCGCAGUUGCAUGUGCACCAAUUAUACUCUCCAGUAUGAGAUUGGUGCUUGCGUCCUGAGUACAUGCAAUAUCACCGAUCAGAUCAUUUCUUCGACCAUCACCCAGAAUGAGAUAUGCAACGGUGUUCCUCAACCAUGGGAAGGUGGCCGGGCCAUCCGAGCAUCUAUCAUUAUUGCAUGUUUCACGUUUCCCAUCAUUGGACUACGGUUCAUCACACGAAUAUAUAUCACAAAGAAACUCUGGUGGGACGAUUGGACAAUUCUCAUAGCAACGGUUCUUAUGCUACCUAAUACCGCUAUUCCGAUAUACUUAUCCUAUCACGGACUGGGACUUCAUUUCUAUGAUGUACAUCCCGCUGAUACACCAAACUUGGAAAAGCUCUUCUACAUCUCCCAAAUAUUUUACGUCCUCAUACAAAAUAUCCCAAAGUUCUCCAUUCUUCUUCUGUACCUCCGCAUCUUCCCAACUCCGCGCUUCCGCAAAAUGCUCUUCAUAGCCAUGGCCUGGCAAGUAGCUCAUACCCUCGCUUUCCUCUGCGGAGUCGCCUUUCAAUGCGUUCCUGUCGAUUCGUUUUGGGACCCAUUCAUCAAAAAGGAUCAUUGUAUCGACAUCGCGACUUUGACAUACUUCGGUGCCGGAUUUUCCAUCUUCGAAGACAUCGUUAUCAUGUCUCUGCCCGUCUACGAAUUGAAGGGUCUUAAUUUGAGUUUACGAAAGAGAAUGGCGUUAGUUUUCAUGUUUGCGCUGGGAUCUUUUGCUUGCGUCACCAGUAUGAUAAGGUUGAAGUUUAUGAUUGGAUUUGGGAAGAGUAUCGACUCUACUUGGACGAAUGUCGACGUCGUAAUUUGGUCCCAAAUCGAAACCUACACGGCAGUCAUUUGUGGCUGUCUAAUGUGCAUCCGACCUCUCUUCAUCAAAUACAUCCCUAGUGUCUUUUCCACGAAAGCCUCGCAGCCCUCCUCGAGCCAGUUACACUCGGCUACUUGGGGUGCCAGGAUCUCUAGUCGGAUCAAAGCUGAGAGAACUAGUCGUUAUGGCAAUAGAUUGGAUGACGAAGAAAGUAUCGAAGUUGGGAAGGGACUUGAGGCUGGCAAUAUGGAGAGGAGAGGAAGUCAGGGAAAUGUGAUAAAGGUUACGACUGAGAACGUGGUCCAGUACGAGAUGAAGCGAACGUCAGAAAGGAGGGCGGGCAGUCAGGAUAGCGACGACAUCGCGGAUGAGCUGGGGCUGGGAAGUAAAGAGAACCUGAACGAUAGGUCUGUUUUAAAAGUUUGA